UACCUGCCGAUGGGUGUAGCCUGAAUGUCCAUAUUCCGACAUACAAGGAGCUUACAUGCGGAUUCUGCGUGUUGGGAACCGAGUACCCCGCUUCAUUGAAAGCGAAGAAAGCCUGCCGAUCAGCAUCGGCAUCCAGGGACAGCAGCUGGCAAAGGAGUCCUGAGUGAGAGAGACUGCGUCUGCGCGUCUGCACGUCUGCGCAUCUGCGCCCGGACAAAUACAGUUUAUAUAUUUGAAUAUCAACUUCAUAUUUAGUGGUUUCCUAAUUUUCUGGAAUUAUAACAAUACUUAACCCUCAAACCUUGAAAAUGGGGCCCCUAUUCAAAGACACAUCAGGCUUCAUGGUUUUCCCUGCUGUGGCGUUGCUGGUCUUGGGCUCUCCUCAUCGCACCUCUUCAGAAUCCCAUUCACUGUCACUCAUGGCGACAUUCAUCUAUGGAGAGACCCCAUUCCCAGAGCUUACACUGGCAGUGACAGUAAACAAUGUCCCAGUUGAGUACUACGACAACAAUAUUAAGAAAGUUGUUUCACGGAGACACUGGAGGGCCAACAACUCUGUUGAGGAUACUAACGGCCUAUAUUUUGUGGUGGAAAAUGUGCACAGAAGUAUGAAAAGUCAGACUCAUAGUCUGAGGAAGCGCUUCAAUCAUACCAACGGGAUUUGUAUUUCUCAGAAAUUCGCUGCAUGUACCUUGGAAGGUGACAGCCUGAGCCAGUUCUUCCUCCGAGAUGCUUAUGAGGGCGAGGAGACGAGGACCUAUGACAUCCUGGAGCAAAGAUACAAUCCACGUGUGCCAGAGUUGAUCUGGACCAAGUUAAAAAUGGAAGCUAAAAAGCUGACUUACAUAAAUGUAUACCAGCCUCUUUGUCUUAAAUUGUUAAGGCAAUACCUCCAGCAGGACAAGAAUGUGUUAAUGAGAAGAGAGCGACCCAGGAUCAGGGUGAUCCAGAAGAGCGAUCCAGGCACUGGAGGAGCACAGGUGUGCUGCUUGGCCACUGGCUUCUUUCCCCGGCACAUCAACAUGACCCUGCUGAGAGAUGGCCAGCCCCUCCCAGAGCAGGAUCUGACAGGCGGGGAAGUGCUGCCCAAUGGAGACGGAACAUUCCAGAUGAGGAAGAGCCUCAGUGUCAGUGAGCAGCAGUUGAAGGAGAAGCACCUGUACAUCUGUACAGUCACACAUCUGGACAGGAGGGAAAACUUUGGAUUGGCAGAACCAGAAGAUCAUCCAGAUAUUAUCCUCAUCACUGUCCUCGUAGUGACUGUCCUUGCAGUGAUUGUUCUGGUUGUAGCCAUCAUACUUUAUAGGAGAAGACACAAUGGUGCACCGGAUCCAUGUCAAACCUCUGCUACUGUAAGAUACACUGCAGCCCACAAAACUGAGCAGAGUGACUCCACAUCCAUCUCCUCCAGCUCAUAACACAUUCCCUGCACAUCGGGUUCAUUGCUGGUCAAGCCUGGAAAUUCUGUGAAGAGGAGCUUCAAUCUGGACAGUAUCCUAAUCAAGCCAGCAGCCUGUGUGGCCCAGGCCUUGUAAGCAUCGCACUUUAACAGGAACGUGACCGACAGCCCUUGCUGAGUGGAUGUGUAUCAUUCUGUAACAUACAGAAUGCCAAAGCUCGCCUCCACAUUUUUUCAUGUAUCAUAUAGCAUAACUCCGGGGAGGAAACCUGUUACAGAAAUGAAGUAGCUUGAUGGUGCCUGUGAAUAAAUCUGUUCUUCAUCCACCUAAGCCUGAAUUCUGCUUUUAGCGAAUACAGCUGCAUUCCAUAAAACGUGUUUCAGUCUCACUGUUUCACAAAAGAGCCGUUUGACUGGUCACUACAUAUGAGUGGCUGAAGCUCAGCACAUUUCUAUUAAUAUGCUAAUUAAAUGUGUGACAAAACAGAGUCUCCUUUUUGUUCUCACACCAUGCUUAUUCAAUAUUGUAUGCCUCACCACUGUUAAGUUAAAGUUGGAAUUAUAUUUUGUGGAACUGGUUUCCUUGGAGUUACAAAAAAAAAUCAUCUUUUUAUGACAAUUUAGCAGAAACCUAAUUUCCAAGACUAUCAAAUCAAAUGAUCUUAUGUUGUAUUUUUGUAGCACAAAAUUUCAAAUUUACGUUCAUCAUGACAUCCAGAUAAAAUAAUUUUAACCAACAAAUAUGAAGCACAUUAGCAGUUCAUUAAAAGAAGCAGAAGUAUGUUCAACAAUCUCACACUAUUACAACUUCAUGAUUUAAACGUUGCAGAUAUCUAUUGACCUUACCAUAUGUCCUGUAUUGAGGUUGUGAGGGAGACACAUUGGCAGCCAAUGGUAUUUCUAAUGAUUGACACAACAUGCAGGACAUUAGUAGCAGGGAAGAGUGAUUUUUUUUUUGAUCCAAGUAAUUCUAUUCUCCAAAAAGUCACUGAUAUUUUGUUGAAUAGCUAGGACAACAUAAUUUCAGUUCCCAAACCUCUUCUCAGGGGAACCACAGCCAUUCCGUUAUUUUGUCAAAUUUUACUCCCCAGAUGUUGCAGCUGCAGACGAAAUGGAUGUUUCUGUGUUCUAUAAUACAGGAAGUUAUGAGAUAAAAAUGCUUCUUCAAUAAAUCAAACAAUAUUUAUGGUGACAAGAAUCAUGGGAUGAAGACGGUGCUGAGAAUGACUUGAAUUUUACAUUCAAUGACACAGAAAAGUGAACUUUUAUCUGCUUCCGAGCGUGAUUGGACAACCUGCUAACGCAGUCAUGCAGCAACUUGAAGACCAUGCUGUUGCCUCCACUCCUGCUUUCGCACAUGCAUAACUGUCCCCGCUAGGGUUGCAAUAGUAUGAGAUUACGGUGUGAUAACUUUCUCAGGAAAUAUCAGUUUCACGAUAUCAUGAAAAUGGUAUUUCACAAUUAUUAGUUGUCCAAAGCAUGUAAUACUAUGGACCACUAUUGUUUUUGUUAGGAUUUUUCUCUUUUAUUAUUCUUUUCCUUUCCCAAAAUUGAAAUGGGCAGCCUAAACUGUAAACCUAGACCUACCAAAUCUGAUGAGGUGUUGAUUCCUGCCCACUAUUCAGACAAUUCUACCCAACCUUGACAGUCAAUGGCACAGUAUUUUACGUUCUGCCCUUUAUUUCCUGACCCGUUAGGCCUAGACUUACACUAUUUAUCUUCACUAAUUAUUAUAAUAACUAAAAUUGUCCUGCCCCGAUCAUCCAUUCCUUCCGUGUGCCAUGCCCCCUCGUUAACCCCGCGUGGAUUCCCCGUGUUCACCAGCUGUUUCCUGCUGCCGUCCUUAGUCCAAUGUAUUUAAUCCGUGUUUCAGUUUGUUUCCCCAGUCUGGUUACUGUAUUGUCAGUCUACGUUUGCUUCACCUUUCAUUAAAAACCCCGUUUCCUCGA